AUGCUUGACGACGAUUACAAUCAGAGACAUUGUGUUAAAUGUGGAAAAAUUGGCGGCAUAUUAACUUGUGAUGGGUGUAGUUCAACAUUUUGUUCUCGACAUGCUAUGCAACAUCGACAAGAACUUACUUAUCAAUUAGAAACUAUACUACAAGAUCACGAUUUAAUUCAACAAAAUCUUGAACGGUCAUUGUACGAACAUUCUCUUUUACAAAAAAUAGCCAGAUGGGAAAAGGAAUCGAUUAGGAAAAUAAGAACAGCAGCUGAUACUGCUCGAGUCGAUCUAAGGCAAAUCACCGAUAAAUCAAAGCGGCAACUUGCAAGAAUGUCUCGUGAUAUAGCGGCCGACCUUAAUUCAUCAUCGAAAGCAGAUGAUUUCUCGGAAAAAGAUCUCGUCCGAUGGAUGAAACAAUUGAACACUCUUCGGUUAGAUAUUAAAUCGUCAUAUUCAAUUGAAAUCAUGGAAGAUCAACGAUUUCCGAUUUAUCCUAUUACAGUUUCACAUAAUAAAUUUCAAAAUAUCCAUAAAAAGAAUCCAAAUCCUGCACAUAUGUCGUCUGACGAUGGUGUCGAAUGUUUUUUCAAAGCAACUAAUGCUGCUUCUAUAGAAAAUAAUGGUACAAUUAUUAAACAUAUCGGUCCUGAUUUAGAUGUUGCACAUAUUAUUGGUAAAAAGUUUUAUAGUCACGGUCGUCACACAGCUCGAUUUAAAAUUCAACAAUUAACUCGUCCAUAUAGCAUUUUUUUUGGUUGCAUAUCAUCAUCAGUAGUUCCGGAAGUAUUGACUUAUAAAUCAUCGUCUGUCGUCGGAUGGUUUGGUUAUAAUGAAAUUUAUCAACAUGGUGUUUGGAAUAAUAAUGCAAAUGUACAUGGCUAUGAUAGUUAUCAAUUUGACCGAAAUGAUGUAGUAAAUCUUACACUUGAUUGCGAUCAACAACGGCUAGAGCUAUUUCAUGAACGCUUCAACAAAACACAUAAACUUUCAGUUGAUAUUGAUCAAGCACCAUUUCCUUGGCAAAUUCUCGUAGUUUUGACUCAUGAAGAUGAUUGUGUGAAAAUCUUACCUAAGCGAUAA